UUCGUUGCUGUACAGUGGGCCUAACUGUGAGUCGGUCACCUUACUGAUAGCGGUUAUAGCCGGUACGUGUGCGGCGGCUGUGGCUAUUCUACUCGUUUCUAUCUACUGCUGCGUCAAGAAGAGAAGAGAGGAGCAGAAAUACAGAAAGAGACAGAGACUGCCUCCAGUUGGAAGAGCUAACCCGGCGAUGGAGUCUGACUAUGACCUGGAGAUCCCGUUCCACGAGCGGCCGGCCGUGAAGGAGGUACUGAACCAGCCGUACGACCUGGCCCUGUCCGAGGUACAGAACAACGACACUAACGUCUCGCACCACUACCAGUUCACGCGAGAACAGGAGCAGAAGAGCAAAAACCAGGAGUGGAGGAGCAAGUUGGAGAGGGUGAACUCUAAAAAAGACUUCCACAUCAGGAGAGCGGUGUACAAUCCACACGGCCUCAACAACAUGUCUGGUCUCAGGAAAAACCCACUCUACCAGUCUGGACGACAAUAAACAUUGGA